AUGUCAAACGAUAGAGCAAUUACUGCUCUGUUGUCCCACCAUUGGAUAGGCGACUUCGAGGGUGCGCACACGCUGAUUUUAAAAGAAGACGGGACUGGCGAGAUUCUUGUCCGCUCUGAGCUGACCAUUGCCUUGGCUGCUCAUCUCACCUGGAAGAUUGUUGCCUCUGGCCCCGUUAACGACAGCGAUCCCCCCGCUCAGUCCCUUUUGGGCAAGCUCCUCGGGCUGGAGCCGCCCUCAACCGACGCACUCAUUGCGACGAUCGAGAUCACGUUCUCGAAGGACACGAACCCCAUGUCCCUCAUACCCGCCUCUCGCAGUUCGGAGAUUGGAGUAAUCCAGCUGAGGCCCAGCGCGUUGGAGCCAAAGUGCUUCAGAGUUGUCGUUCGGAAGGGAGAAUUCAUCCCAUCGUUCUGGAGGGCCAUUUCCGGUGUUAAGAGCCCUACGUAUGGCCUUCAACUCUGUUUUGAUCGUUCGCCCUAUCCCCCUGUGAAGGAAUGGAUCCCUGACAGUUGGCCUAUGGUUCGGUCGAUUGAACCGUUUACCUGUGUAUCCUUUGUGGCACGCGAUGUGAAGAAGUAG